GGGGCUGCAGUGCGGACAAACAGCAGCUCCGCUCAGCCCGGUUUCACCUGCGACUAGCCCAUCAUCCACGAGCCACGGACCGUGUCACCGACCCGCGACACCGUAGCAGCUCAUCCACGAUCCAAGGACGCACGGAUCCGGAUCAGGAGCGGGGCCCGGGGCGCACUGUCACCGGGAGAGGCACGCUGUCCGUGGGCUGGGUUUCUCCUCGGGGUAGAGUGCGUUGUGAGACGGGGGCCACGGGGCGGGAUCGGGACCGUGGUCUCGCGGACUCGGACCGGGUGUAAUCCGGACUCGGGCCCCGCGCGAGGCCCCGUACGAGCGCAGGAACAGUGGGGUUUUUGGACCAGAGCGCUGUGUGCCGGAGCCGAGUGCCAGAUGAGGAUCACCAAAAGGCGGAAAGGGAGCGGACGGUGCGCCAGAUAAAUGGCUCAUUUAAGCUGGGAGCUGCUCGUGUGCUGUCCGGGUGGCAGAUGCAGUGCCUAGUGCCCGGUCUCCAGGACAACAACAACAUGAACGGCAGCGGCUCCGAGCAGGCCGACAUCCUGCCCCCCAACUGCAUGGUCAAGGACCGAUGGAAAGUGCUGAAGAAGAUUGGCGGUGGUGGGUUCGGGGAGAUCUAUGAGGCGCUGGACCUUCUGACCAGAGAGAACGUAGCUUUGAAGGUGGAGUCGGCGCAGCAGCCCAAACAGGUGCUGAAGAUGGAGGUGGCUGUGCUCAAGAAACUGCAGGGUAAAAACCAUGUGUGUAAGUUUAUUGGCUGUGGGCGAAACGACAAGUUCAACUACGUGGUGAUGCAGUUGCAGGGCCGUAACCUGGCCGACUUACGGCGCUCUCAGCCUCGCGGUACCUUCACCAUGAGCACAACGCUGAGGCUCGGCAAACAGAUCCUGGAGUCUAUCGAGGCCAUUCACUCUGUGGGCUUCUUGCACCGAGACAUCAAACCGUCGAACUUUGCAAUGGGACGUCUGCCCUCCACCUACAGGAAGUGCUACAUGCUGGACUUUGGUUUGGCCCGACAGUACACCAACACCACCGGGGAAGUUCGACCGCCACGGACAGUGGCCGGCUUCAGGGGAACGGUCAGAUACGCUUCAGUCAAUGCUCACAAAAACAAGGAAAUGGGCCGACAUGAUGACCUGUGGUCCUUGUUCUACAUGCUGGUGGAGUUUGCAGUGGGACAGUUACCAUGGAGAAAGAUCAAAGACAAGGAGCAAGUUGGACAGAUAAAGGAGCGCUAUGACCACAGGAUGCUGCUCAAACACAUGCCUUCGGAGUUUAAUGUCUUCCUGGACCAUGUUCAGGCUCUGGACUACUUCACCAAACCAGACUACCAGCUGCUAAUGUCGGUGUUUGAAAACAGCAUGAAGGAGCGAAUCAUCACAGAGAACGAGCCUUUUGACUGGGAGAAAGGAGGGAGCGACGCCACCAUGUCCACCAGCGCCUCCACACAGCCCCAGCACAACACCAGGCCCACAGCCGCUAUGGUCGGAGCGAUUGUGACUCCGGUUCCUGGGGAUCUUCAGCGAGAGAACACAGACGAUGUUCUUCAGGAUGAACACCUGAGUGACCAGGAGAAUGCCCCCCCGCCUCCUCCCGCACGUCUCCACGGUGAUGGGCAGCAUACUGAAUCUCGUCUCCACGGCGAUGCACAACUGGCUGACGGUGGUGAAGGAUGGGAGGACACAGACUUCAACCGCAACCGACUUCGAAUCAGCCUCAACAAGGGUGGACCAGACGAGGACCCAGGUCCGCUCCGAGCUCCAGAGUCUCCAAGCGGUCAGGGCAGGUCUCUGCGCUACCGACGAGUCAACAGCCCUGAGUCCGAGCGUCUGUCUGCAGCAGAGGGGCGCGCUGACGGAUACGGCCAAAGGUCUCGUAUGGACAUGUUAGGAUCUCCGUCACGGCAUGUUUACUCGUCGCAGCCGGCGCAGAUGCUGUCCAUCGACCCUGGUUGCCGCGGAGACCGCCAGGCAAGUGGUCGGCAGGAGGUUUCCGUGGCGUCAGUAGACCAGGAAGCUCAUAGCAACGCCUUCAUCCGCUCCGUCCCGCUGGCCGAGGAGGAGGACUUUGACAGCAAAGAAUGGGUGAUAAUCGACAAAGAGACAGAGCUCAGAGACUUCCAGCCCACCACCUCCGGCACCACCGAUGAAGAGCCCGAAGAACUGCGCCCUCUGGAGGAGACGGAAGAGAGACGCAGGCUCCGGGCUGCAGGUUCAGGUGAGCUGGUGGUGCGACCCAAAACCCACACAAGGGAUAGCAGCCGCGGGAUGCUAACGCUAACUGAGGAGGAAGCGUCACGGAGGAGCACGGGAAGUCCCGCCCAGUCGCCCUGUCACUCGCUGCCUUCAGGUCGGCCGCGGCGGAGAGAGUCUGAGCCCAUUGGACCACAGCGACCGGCAGCAGCGCUCUCCCCAACAGAGAAGACCCCCUCGCCAACGUCGCCCGACUACCGAACCAAAGGCGCAGACGAUGAGAAGCAGCACUUCCAUAUCUUGCCUCAGCUCCAGGCCAAACGCGCGGACUUCCUCACUGUGGUGCUCACUGGAACGCUGCCGCCGCGUCGCAGUUUUGCUGCUCCCGAAGACAUCCCUGAGGCUCUGGGACCACGUGACGAUGACGUGACCAAAAGCGAGUCCAACAGCGAAGCCAGUCAGAAGAGCACGGAGAGGAGUCAGGAGGCCGCUCACUCAACACUUAUGGCGGAGGACCAGAAGGGAGCCAAGGUUUCAGGUGCAGAGAAUGACCAGGAUCUGGAGGAUGCUUCCAAAACGCUGGUGUUGUUCUCCCCGGGUGACACGCGAAAGUCUCCAUCGGGGGGAGACACCGGUCUGGAGCCGGAGCUGGCCACAGCCUCCGCCUUGACUCCCCGAAAUGAUCGCGUGUUGUUGGGGGAGGCACUGCACUUUGAGCCCCCUGAUACCGGGCGGCUCUCCCCAGCUCUGAGGUCCGACCUGCGGCCAUCCACGCCCAUUGCUCCGGCCUCUCCGCCCUUCACUAAAGUGGAGCGAACGUUCAUCCACAUCGCCGAGACGUCACACCUCAAUGUCAUGUCUUCCAACGGGCACUCAGCCAAAGACACGGAGAUCAUUCCAAACCAGGUGGGAGAUGAGGAGCAGCCCAAGUUUCGCACAAGUCCGGAGGCGAUUCCAUCGGAGAAUGGGGCGGCGUUGGAGGUCCAUGCUCUGACACCGGUGCAGGAGCGAACACAGACACAGGAGUCUACAGAGUUGGAGGACAUAGUGCCACACAGGGCAGAGGACAGACCCAAACUGCGGAGCAGGAUCCCAGUGCUGGUGUCAGAAGAGGAGUCUGGAUCGGAGCGCUCCUCUUCGGUGUCAGUGCGUCUUCAGAGGGCCAGGCACAUGGCACUGGCUCGUCUGGUGGUGGAAAAGCAGGGCCGAUGGAUGGGCCGCAGGAGGGGGCUCUCAGGGACCUCGUCCUCCUCAGGCGACGAAGAAAAGCGUAACACCGCAUCCGAAGACGAUCACAGCAGAGACUACACCUCAGAUGAGUCCAAGCGGAGUUCCAGGCUGAGGACCACAGAGGAGGGGUCUAGAGAAGGCAGGAGCAGAAUCCCACGGCCACUUACCCCUGUCAGGAGGCCCUCGGCUGGGCUGACUCCUGCAGCCAUCCCCACUCACACAGGAGCAAAUGGAGCCAAAGCUAUCAUCGGGUCUCAGAGAGCGCCCCUGACCCCACUGAGCUCUCAGCGUAAGCCCAGUAAAGGCGUUCCUGCACGCUCCUCAUCUGGCUCCGCUCCUCGCUCCAGUGCAACUUUACCCAGCAGCAUCCGAACGCCCCUCCGCCUCCUCAGCUCCACCCCCAGCCGUUUCGACAGCCCAAGCUCCUCAUCCCACAGACCCUCCAGGCAGCCCACCAUGCCCGUGAUCCAACCCAGGAACCAGGCCCUGAAUGUGGGCAUGAGACGCAGCACUUCCCAGGACACCUCCACAUCCCACACUCGGCCCAAAGCAGCAUCUGCCAGCCCCAAAGUCAAACCACAGCCCAGGGAGAGGUCCAUGCCAGCCAGAUAAUACCCACCCCUGUCAGCCUGA